AUGGAAACUAACAUUACUGUUUUAUCUUUUAUUAUAAUGGCUUCAAUGGAUAAAGACAAAGAUUUUCGAGAUUCAUAUAAGUGGACAAAAAUAAAUUUGGGCCUAGUUGGAGCAUGGCCGAAUGAAAAUACAUCAAUUAUUAAAAAAUGUCAAGUUAUAAUUAAUGCUAUUUUAAUGAUAACAUGUGUUUAUAUACCACGUUUUGUAGCGUUAUAUUUUUUCAGAAAAAAUUUAAAUGGAUUGGUGUAUAGUGCAUCAACAAAUUUGAUGUUUAUAAUUUCAGUUUUUAAAAUUGCAGUCAUUUUGUAUUACCAAGAUGUGUUUGUCAAGAUGUUUAAUGAAAUUUCAAAUGAUUGGAACAGAUCAGUAGCAGCAGGAUAUUAUCAUAUCAUCAAAAAAUAUGCAAAUAUAUCAAGAAAUAUGUCAUUUUCAACAUUUUUAAUGGUGUGGUCUGGUUGUACAGUGGCUACAGUGGCCCAGAAAUAUUCAAAUAUGGAAAUUGAUAAAAAAAAUACUCCUGAUCCACGAUUAACAAUAGAUCUUGUGUGGGUUUCUUAUGUUCCAUACAAUGUUCAUACAAGCAGAACAAUAUUUAUCAUACAUUGGAUUCUCCAAUGGUAUGCUUCUGUAAUUGGUGCUAUCAUGUAUGGGGCAUUUGAUAGUUUUUGUGUAUUUUUAAUGUUUCAUUUAAUCGGUCAACUUAAAGUUUUACAAGAAAUAAUACAUAAUAUUAAUGAGAAAAAAAAAAUUUCCGAAAAUAUAAUAACAAAAUUAAAAUAUGUUGUUAAAAGACAUCAAGAAUUAAUAAGGUUUGCCACAAUAUUAGAAAAAUGUUUCAAUAAAAUUCUACUGAUUCAAUUAAUAUCAAGCUGUCUGAAUUUUACAGCUCAAGGAUAUUUAUUGCUUGGUGGUUUAGUAAAAGGUGAAAUGACAUUAUCUCAACAGAUAAUGACAAUAUUAUAUGGAUUAUAUUCUUUAAGCCAUUUUUUUUUUUUAUGUUACUCAGGAGAAGUUCUUGAACAAGCAAGUAUAAACAUUGGAUACGCGGCCUAUGAAACACAAUGGUACAAUUUUAAAAAAAAUGAAAAAUUUUUGAUUAUGUUUAUUAUUCAAAACACAUUAGAACCAUUGAAAAUAACAACGUUUAAAUAUUCAAGUUUAUCAUAUUAUCUAUUCUUUACGGUACUCAAAACAUCUUUUUCUUAUUUAUCGGUCCUACUCGCUGUUAAAUAUCAAUAA